AUGGCGAAUCCUCCUGAAGUUCCAGAGACCGAUCUCUCUGCUCUGUUUGAACGGUAUCCGGAGAUCAAUUUCGACACGACCGAAGACAUCCUCUCCAGCUCGGGGCUCAGUGAGAACUUCUCGUCACCGUGCUCAAACGUUACAGACCACGAUGACACCACCAUUUCGAACACGUCGACCUCAACCGCCCACACCACUCCGCUUCGACCCAGCCUUCGCUCCGCCAAAGCAGUGGAGUUUUCAACCCUGAACGGCUUCCUCGAAGACCUCGCCCGUGCUCAUCUUCCGGUGACGUGUAAGGAGGCAUUUGAGGGUUUGGCGCAGGCUAUGGCUACGCUCGGGUCGUUUUUGGUGCCUCCAAACGCUGAAGACCUGGGGAGUGACAUUUCCUGCAACAAACAGCAGAUACUCGCUAAUGUUCGGUGGAUGUCCGAUCAACUACGGCAAUCUGCCCUCAAUGUCGCCGAACAGAUCAACAACGUCGACUUUGUCAAGACGCGGGGUCUAUUUACCGUUAACCCUUCGGAGCAAUAUCUGUGGUGUAUAUAUCGACAACGAUGCUUCCUCAUCACAAUGUACACCACCUCACCUUGCCGGACGGAGAAAACAACAUUGGAAGAUCUUGUCCACCUCUUUAAUUCCUGCGUUUACCGCGCCUUUCUGCAGCUACUGGGUACACAAAACAUUGAUAUUGAUGUGCAGGGAGCAAUCAAUGGUCUCUACGACCUGCUGAUGACACUACUUCACGACUACAACAGAUGGAUGAGAGGGAUGGAUGACAUCGAAGAGAGUUAUAUGCGGCCACUGAUGGACAGGAUCCGGAGUUCACCAGAAGUAUUGGAGGAGAUAUGGAGGGAAGAGAGUUUGCGCGAGAGGGUCAUGGCGUCGAUUAGAAAUUCAGAGGCGCCUGCCAUGCAACCAGCUGACAAGCGAGUCGUUCAAGAUCACAACCUGAGCAUCAGUCGACGGAGACCACCAAUUCCACCCAGGAACAAACAGAGGUACGGGCGAUUCUACCCAGAAGAAACAGAGAUACCAGUGGGAACACACGGUGGAGGGAUUAUGUGA